CCCGUGCCAGCCAACGAAGAGGUUUUCGACGACGAUGUUUGUUGCACCUCCGUCAGCCCAUCCAGUAGUCUUCCCCGCAUCAAUGACAUGCUACAGAGCUUAACUACAUGUCCUACUAAUGGGUUCGUAGUGCCCCAUCCGACUAUGAUAUCAAGCCCAAACCAUCCUGGUCAGCCUGACUCGUAUGACCCGCGGAUGUCAGACAGUCCAUCGAGCGGCACCGGUUACAACCACCACAACUACGCCCAGCAACAUUACUCAACAUUGUCUGUUUCUGCACCCAAACCUCGGGCCAUAUCGAUACCGCCACAAAGUAUCCACUCGGUCUCUUCCCCUACCGCCGCCAAUAGGCUUACAUAUAUUUCGAAUCGUGGCUCCUGGAAUAACCCACCAACGUCCCACAGUACCCAGCACCACGAACCUGUGUUAUGGGACACCACCUUUGGAUAUUUUUGCUCUCCUGCAAUGCGAAACAACUACUCGUCUCCUUACACAUUCCCAAUGCGGUAUCCAGACGUCCACCAUUCGUAUUCCACAUCUUCUUCGCAACACACCGUGGCCGAGCAAGAUAUACGUUCUGUCUUUCGUGAAUCGACCAGCUCUUAUCUCCCGCCGUAUAAUGAGUUGCCACCGCAUCAGUGGCAGAAUUCUACCAUCCCUCAGUCAGGCCCUCUUAGUGGGCCAUUCCCACCUAUGAUACCUCCGCCUUUGGCUGCAGAAACUUCGCAAAUUGGAUUUUUAUCGCGGCCCCAUGCAAAUCACAGUGAAUAUAUAUAUUACCCUUCAGAUCAACCACCCACCCACCAGCCAUAUUUUCUCCCACUUCGCAAUCAUCUCUCAUCACCCCUCCUGUCCUGCCGAUGGCUAGAUGAUGGCACAGUCUGCGCAUUCACAGGGACACUGAAGGCACUAAAAGCGCAUUGCAAGACCAGUCAUUUUGGUGGUCCCCCGAAUGCGCAAGCCGAAUGCCACUGGGAGGCCUGUGAUUUGUGAUUAUCAAAAACGUGAUGACCCCACAGUUCAUGUGAUGCGACGCGACUGCAUGUGGCGUCAUACCUGUGAAAUCCAUCUGGGGAUGAAGAGGGGCACCUAAGGGAGCCCGCUCCCUCACUUAUUUAUUUUUGCGUUGCACCACUGUUAGCCAUGCCAUACUUUGUGCGCUGUGUUAGAUCCGCUUCCGUCACUCACUGUUCCUGUCGAUCGUUUGUAUGGACUCAUUGAUUCACGCCCCUCAUUUCAUAUCUCC